AUGUGCUCCCUCACAUGCUCACAGACACAGAAGGACAAGGAGGCUGUGAAGCCAAAGAAGGAGAAGGUGGUGUUUGACCUGCCGGGGCAGCUGAGGGAGGCGCCAGAGGAGAAUGAGCCACUUCGCAUCUUCUAUGAGAGCCUAUACAACCAGCUGCCAGACAGCGAGAUGGCACAAAUAUGGAUGAUGGAGCAUGGUUUGUUGGAUGAGGAUGAAGCGAGGCGAGUGCUGGUUAUCAAGCAGAGGAGAGGAAGCGGCCGAUCAGCACCUGCAGCUAGCCCUGCCUCUGCCAGAGCAGCCACUGCUGUCCGGGCCUCUUCGGCUGCUGCUUCGGCAGCUGCCUCUCGAGCCUCGGCCACUGCCGUCGGCAGCCGAUCCGGUUCGGCAGCAGGAGGCAAGGCUUCAGGUUCGGCGGCGAAAGUAGAACCAAGUGGGGGAGGGAGGAGUGUUGGGCCAAGCAGCAAUGGGACUGCGAGAGCGGGAGUCAAGACCCCGACAUCUGGAGGGCGCAAGGCAGCAGUGAAGUCAUACAAAGAUGAAAGUGAAUCGGAAGAGGAAAUAAUUCCUUUGAAAAAAUUGCGGCGAUGA